CGCAUUGUUACGCUAGUGGGGCUGAACCCGGAAGCGAGUUGUGAUAGUCUGCUGGAGAACCAUAGGUACUUAACCGUAUGCGAUCCUGCAGCCUGUGACAUAUCUUCCCCCGGUUAUGGGACCUCACAAUGUACCUGCCGUCUGUUUACCAUUCGUUCCUUCUCCCCUUCCUCACAUGGUUAUGUAUCCUUGUGCACAUAACACCCACUGCUUGCCUGCCCGGUAAUGUCCACUCAUCUGAUGAGGAGGUGACCUGGGCUGUACACCUGGAUCCCCUCCAUGGAGCACUGGAGGUCUUAGCAGAGGAGCUAUCACAGGUGACAGGGCUUGAGAACCGUGGGGUGAUCGGAGAGCUGAGAGACCAUUACCUGUUUGUCUACACCGGUGGCCAUGAGCACAAGGAUGAUGUCCGCAAAAGAGCGCAUGCAUGUUUUACAAAACAUGGCAGUGUGAGAUGGCACUCAGAGCAGAAGAUACUUAAGCGAUCCAAGAGGAGUGUGCACUUUAAUGACCCCAAAUAUCCCCAGCAGUGGCACUUGCACAAUGCCCGCAGCCCAGGCAUGGACAUUAAUGUGACCGGGGUUUGGGAGAGGAACGUGACUGGAGUGGGGGUUACUGUUGUUGUGGUAGAUGAUGGAGUCCAGCAUAAUAUCAAGGACAUCGAACCAAAUUAUAGCCCAGAGGGUAGCUAUGACCUGAACUCAAAUGAUCCUGACCCCAUGCCGCACCCUGAUGGUGACAGUGACAAUCAUCAUGGGACAAGAUGUGCUGGAGAGAUUGCAGCUGCUCCCAAUAACAGUUUCUGCGCUGUGGGAGUGGCUUAUGGCAGCCGGAUCGCAGGUAUCCGUGUCCUGGACGGGCCCCUCACAGACAGUAUGGAGGCAGUGGCGUUUAACAAACACUAUCAGAUUAAUGACAUCUACAGCUGCAGUUGGGGUCCUGAUGAUGAUGGCAAAACAGUUGAUGGACCUCAUGAGCUUGGAAAGGCUGCCUUACAACAUGGAGUUAUUGCUGGACGUAGAGGCUUUGGAAGCAUUUUUGUUGUUGCCAGUGGAAACGGUGGACAGUUCAAUGACAACUGUAACUUUGAUGGAUACGCCAACUCUAUCUACACAGUCACUAUAGGUGCUGUUAAUGAGGCUGGUAAAAUGCCGUUUUACGCAGAGGAAUGUGCGUCUAUGCUCGCUGUGACCUUCAGCAGUGGAGACAAAUUGAUGAGAAGUAUAGUGACAUCAGACUGGAACCUGCAGAAGGGUACAGGGUGCACAGAAGGUCACACAGGUACCUCAGCAGCUGCCCCCAUUGCUGCAGGGAUGAUCGCUCUGAUGCUGCAAGUCCGACCGUGUUUAACCUGGAGAGACGUCCAGCACAUCAUUGUGUUUACAGCUACAAAGUAUGAAGAUCGUCAUGCUGCUUGGGAGACCAAUGGAGCUGGGUUUAGUCACAGUUAUCAACACGGAUUUGGUCUGUUGAAUGCCUGGCGCCUCGUCAAUGCUGCCAAGAUCUGGGAGUCAGUCCCUUAUUUGGCUUCCUAUAUAAGUCCUGUGUUUAAAGAGAAUAAAAAGAUUCCUCUGAUGCCGAAUCGACUACAGCUAAGCUGGAACGUGACAUCUGCUGACCUAAAGCUGUCGGGAAUGAGGACAUUAGAACAUGUUGCAGUGACAGUCACCAUCUCACACCCACGUCGGGGAAACCUGGAGAUCCGCCUGUUUUGUCCAAGUGGGAUAUCUUCUCUUAUUGGAGCCCCCCGCAGCAUGGACACGGACCCCAGUGGGUUUUCAGACUGGACAUUCUCCUCUGUCCGUUGCUGGGGUGAGAUCGCUGAAGGAACGUACAUGGUUGAAGCCAGUGAUCUAGGAGAUGACUCUCUCCAGCAGGGGCUGCUCCAGCACUGGCAGCUGACGCUUUAUGGCUCAGCCUGGGGACUAGAGGACGUUGCAGAGAGGAGGAGGUUUGUGGAAGAAGCCCAGAGUGGGGACUAUCUUAACAGCAACUUCUCGCUUCCGUGCCCACCCGGCCUGGAAAUCUCUGAACAGGAAAUUUACGUGAUCAGUAACAAUAUGCUGCGGACCUUGAUGCUCCUUGGCUGUUUUGCUGUGUUCUGGUCUGUAUAUUACACACUGGAGACAUUCCUGUCCCGAAUGUCAGACAACGGGGACCUGGAGAUGAAUUUUGAGGUGCCAUGUUGUGGCCGGACCUAUGCCCAAGGAGACCACUGCCCACGACAGCUACAGACAGGCUCUGAGACACUUCCUCUCUGUGGGAUAAAGGAUGGGGCUUUUGAUGAAGAGGAGACCUUAGACACCCACCAACACAUGGAAAUAAAUAUAGAGCAAAGCUCUAAUUGUGCAGGGCGUGGACACCUCCUGACUUCUGACAUAUGGUCUUGCAGUGACACAAAAGCUCAAGAUGAACAAAACACUGUUUUAUGUGACGUGGGCCCUGAGUACAAGUGACCAUUGAGUUGCUGCCGUAAUUAGUAAGCAGCACCGACACACAAGCUGCUUUACUUAUGAUGCACUAAAUCUAGUAUGUGAGUCUCACUCACCCUUCACUAUGCCGAUAACCAGGACAGGUUUAGGCAGUGCUGGGUGUUACAUGUAAGGAACAAUUUUGUACUGCACACUUCCAGGACAGGCUCAGACAGUGCUGGUUUAUACAGGUUGGGGGUUGGGAAUAUAUAUCUAUAUAUGCCAAAUUUGGUUUGUCUGUAAUUUUAUUUGUAAUUCUAUUUUGAUACGGGUAAGCAUUGGACAUGUCUGAGAUUUGUCUUGUGCGCUAUGUGUCAUCCUGUAAUUUUGGGCUGGAAUUUUUAUAUUUAAAAUGAUUUUACGGUGACAGAGAAUUAUCCUUGUGAUUGUGGAAGCUUUUUUAUUCCACGCCCUGUCUGUACUUAGCUGUUUGUUCUGAUGUCUUCCGGUCACAUUUCUGUUCUUUGUUAUGCUCAGAGAAUAAUCCAAUAUUUUUAACUUA